UCUCGUCCAAUCAGCUUGCUGAUUUUGUGUUUAACUCUCAUUUUGAAUUUAGCUGGGUGAGACUGAGCUACUUGUAGCAAAGAGAAUGAGGGUUCACAGUUAAAAUGCAUUGAAAUUAAUAAUUUAAAUAUAUAUAUAUGUGUUAGCAAAGCUGUGCGUGAAGGCUGGCGUUAUUGUUUCUGUGUUUGUUUUUCUUCGUUAAAGAAGAUUUAGUAUUAUAUUUGUGUUUACUGUUUUGUCAGUGUUACUCGUUCGUGCCCUCAAGGCCUGCGAUUUGCUGUUUUAUCUCAAUAGAGCGUGAAAAGGUGUAGCUGUUCGUCCGAAAUGGCUGAUAGUAGUACUUUAACACUUGGAACUGGUCGGAGUCUAGACUUAUCUGCUUUUGACUCCAGACUGGCAGAGACAUCCAAAGAGCAUUUAUUUCUUGGUUCCACAGCACAGGAUAUUGAAGAUGGCAUGCCUCUGGUUGAAACCCGGGUUGUAUUGGUUGGGGAAGCUGGAAAUAAUGAUCAACUUCUUAAAGCAUUAGAGGCUGUUACAGUAAUGGAGGUCCCGUUUGUAAGGAUUAAAGGAGGUGAACCUGGCAGCGAGUCAGGCAAUACAUUUAUAAAAACUAUAGUGAAUAUGGAAAUUAAAGUUCCCUGCAUUAAAACAUGCAACGUGAAAGAGUUUGGAGAUGGCGAGAACACAGAAUUUGAAACGAUAUUCAUACUGACUGAUUUUGGGUGUCCAGAGUAUGGAUAUUUGUAUAAAAAGGACAACAGAAUUCUUGGACCACCUGUUGUACUCCACUGUGCAGCGAAAGAAGAGCCCCUUCCAUUCUCUUCCCGGCCACUCUACUGUACAACCAUGCUGAACUUGGUGUUGUGUUUCACAGGAUUCAGAAAGAAAGAAGAAGUGGUAAAACUUGUUAAUCUGGCUCAUCACAUGGGAGGCACCAUCCGCAGGGAUUUCAGUUCCAAAGUCACGCAUCUUAUUGCGAAUUCCACACAUGGAGAAAAGUUCAGGGUUGCUGUAAGCAUGGGCACGCCAAUUCUGAAAACAGAGUGGAUAUAUAAGGCCUGGGAGAAGAGGAAUGAGCUUAAUUUCUGCGCAGCUGCCGAAGAGUUCCGAUUGGAGUACAAAGUACCUCCGUUCCAAGAUUGUGUGCUGAGUUUUCUGGGCUUUUCUGAUGAAGAUAAAGCAAGCAUGGAAGACAUGACAGAAAUGCAGGGUGGCCGAUACUUACCUGUUGGUGAUGUCAGAUGCACCCACAUGGUGGUUGAGGAGAACACAAUAAAAGAACUUCCUUUUGAGCCGUCAAAGAAGUUAUAUGUUGUAAAGCAGGAGUGGUUCUGGGGUAGCAUACAGAUGGAUGCAAGAGCAGGGGAGUCUAUGUAUUUCUAUGAAAAGGCUGGAAGCCCAACUUUGAAGAAGUCUGUUUCUCUGCUCUCCUUGAACACGCCGAACAGCAACCGAAAGAGACGUCGUCUGCAAGACACUCUUGCGCAGCUAACCAGGGAAACAGACAUUUCUCCAUUCCCACCACACAAACGGACAUCUGCUGAGCACUCCUUGUCUAUGGGAUCGCUUCUGGACAUUUCCAAUACACCAGAGUCAGGAAAGGCUACUGGAGAAACUCCCAGGUCAAUUGCUAGGCCUUCAAAAAGUUCAACCCCUGUUCCUCAAAAGCAGUCUGCCAGGUGGCAGGUUGCAAAAGAGCUGUACCAGACUGAAAGCAACUAUGUGGAUAUCUUAACAACAGUGUUACAGUUGUUCAAGGACCCUUUGGAGAAAGAAGGACAACUUGGUGGACCUAUUCUAGCUGUGGAAGAAAUAAAAACGAUUUUUGGCAGUAUCCCAGAUAUAUUUGAUGUGCAUACUAGAAUAAAGGCUGAGCUUGAAGAACUUGUGCUUAACUGGUCCGAGGAUAAGAGUGUUGGUGACAUCAUUUUAAAAUAUUCAAAAGAAUUGGUGAAGGCUUACCCUCCAUUUGUCAACUUCUUUGAAAUGAGUAAGGAAACAAUUGCCAAAUGUGAAAAGCAGAAGCCAAGGUUUCAUGCUUUUUUGAAGAUUAACCAGGCUAAACCGGAGUGUGGGCGUCAAACCUUGGCUGAGUUGCUUAUCCGACCUGUGCAGAGGUUACCCAGUGUCGCACUCCUACUUAAUGAUAUUAGGAAACACACUGCAGAGGACAAUCCUGACAAAGUCACUUUAGAAAAGGCUAUUGAAUCGCUCAAAGAAGUUAUGAUGCAUAUCAAUGAAGACAAAAGAAAAACAGAAGGACAAAAGCAGAUAUUUGAUGUUGUUUAUGAAGUUGAUAAUUGUCCAGCCAAUCUUCUGUCAUCUCAUCGCAGUCUGGUUCAUAGAGUUGAGACAAUCUCACUGGGGGAUAAGCCUUGUGACCGAGGGGAAAAUGUCACUUUGUUUCUCUUCAAUGACUGUCUGGAGAUUGCAAGGAAGCGUCACAAAGUAAUAUCCACUUUUAGGAGCCCCCAUGGGGGCACACGACCUCAGGCCUCUCUUAAACAUAUUACUCUUAUGCCCCUGUCUCAAAUCAGGAAAGUUCUGGACCUCAAGGAAACGGAAGAUUGCCAUAAUGCUUUUGCCCUUGUGGUGCGCCCUCCCACUGAACAGGACAACCUGUUGUUUAGCUUCCAGCUGACAGCAGAGGAUACGUUCAAGGAAGACUGGCUCAGGAUGCUUUGCCGGCAUGUAGCCAACACCAUUUGUAAAGCAGAUGCUGAAAACUUAAUCCAGCGUACCGAUCCUGACUCUCUACAAGUAAACACAAAAGAUAUGGACAGCAGCACACUGAGCCGCGCAUCGAGGGCAAUCAAAAAGACAUCCAAGAAGGUCACAAGAGCUUUCUCCUUCACCAAAACUCCAAAGCGAGUAAUACAGAGAGCAUUCCUGGCAAACAGUACCCCUGAUAGCCCUACUUCAGACACUGGGAAUUACUUGGGUGGUCGCCUGGCAAGCACAUCAUCUUUGGCUAGAGUCCAGUCACCUUCAUUGGUCAGCCUGCCAGCCAUGUUUGAAAGGAAGUAUCUCACUUUCAGUCGAUCAACUACCCACCUGAUAUAAUUAUUGCAGUCGAUGUUAUAGAACCUAUUAUGAUUUAACUGUAACCCCUAAUCAGCCUGACUAAUAUGGUACUGGUCAACUAAUUAUUUUUGUAACAUCAGUUUGAUAAUUAACAAUAAUAUGUUUUUAGGCUGUUUGUUUGACUUGGUUUAAGAGAUUUGAAGGAUUUUUCCUGUCCUGUUUGUCUUUUCCUGCAAUUGGACACUAAACUGACACAUUUAUGUGGAGCAUAACAUGUACACUUGUUAAGGCUUGCAAAAAGAAUAGUAUUUAGUAUCUGAAUUUAUCAAUGGAAUGCACGUCAUGUCAAUCUAAUGCAGCAUGAAGUUAUCAUCUUAGUGAUAACUUCACAAAAGAAAAUAUUAAGUAUACAUUCAGCUUUUAUAAAGCUUUUGAAUUUAUAUAUAUAUAUAUAUAUAUAUAUAUAUAUAUAUAUAUAUAUAUAUAUAUAUAUAUAUAUAUAUAUAUAUAUAUAUAUAUAUAUAUAUAUAAUGUAUAUUCUUUCUAUGUAGUUCACUAUAAAAGCAUGGUUGACAUUAAAAUGUAGUGAUAUGAAAAAAGUGAGGGGACCUGUUCUAAUGUGUGGUUCAAUUGUCUCUGAUUUAUUUUUGUAUUAGGCUGGUUGCAUAUAGAACAUAAAAAGGAAACAGUUGUGCUUUGUAUAUAUUUUUCCCAGACUUUCUGUAUGAGUAAGCUGAUAAUUGAUCUAUUUAUCUGUAAAUUUGCACUGUCCCUUGUGUCAUACUUAUAAUUGUUCUAGAUGAUAAUUAAGUGUUUUGUUUUAUGGCACAGUGCAUAGAUUUUGUGUAGGCUUCAGGCACUUAUGUUUAUUUAGCCACAUUUUUAAAUACUGUAGUGCUUUGUAUGUACAAUUAGGGAGUGUUUACAACAUAGUCUAUGUAUUUUUCUGGCUUUUGUCAGUUUUCAAAGCUAAAAAAAAAAAAAAAAAAAAACUUAAUGGACCAUGAAGGCUAAUCCUUUCAGUCUAUUGUUUGUGCGCAAUCCCUUUUUAUUACAGUUGAAACUGACAUUAACUGAAUGUUUAUUACAAUAAAUGAGUAGAAACUUU